GCGCAGGAGGACACCUCACUCACUCAGUGUGCCGGCCGUAGAAGGGGGGUUGCCCUGCAGCCACUGCACAACCUGGCAACCCAGCACAGACCACUACUGUAAACAAGCGGAGCAACUUCGGUUAGCUAACACCACGCUAACCUGUCCUGUCUUUUCAGAUUAUUACAGCUCCUCCAAGCCCACCAGUCUAUUUGACUUGCUCCCCCACAAGCAAAAUAAUCACAAUGACCUGACCAAUGGACCACUGCAGUCUCUGCUCUCUCAGUGGGUCACUUCCUAGGUAGAUCAUGAAUGACAAGCUAGUCUUCCUGGGCCUGCUGUACUUCGUCCAGGGCAUCCCCUAUGGUCUGCAGUCCUCCCUGCUGCCUGUCUACCUGCGCGGAGCUGGCCACUCUCUCACCCGCAUCGGCUUCACCAAGAUCCUCUACUUCCCCUGGGUACUCAAGGUGCUCUGGGCCCCCUUGGUUGACCGGAUUGGUACCAAGCGUCGCUGGCUGGUUGGGACCGUGUCCGGGCUGGCGCUAACAUGCCUCUCCAGCUCUGCCCUGGCCCCAGAGGCUCACAUCUGGGGCGUGGCAGGGACUCUGUUGGCCAUGAACACCCUGGCCUCAGUGCAGGACAUCGCUGUAGAUGGGGCAGCGGUGGGGCUGCUGAAGGGUCGUGGGGAACUGGGCUUGGGAAACACAGCCCAGGUGGUGGGGUAUAAAGCUGGUUCAGUGUUCGCUGGAGGGGGUCUGCUGGCUGUGAUUGACGUGGCUGGAUGGGGCUGGAUGUUUAUGCUGCUGACAUUUGUGUAUGCAGGCGUGGCUCUGUUUGUGUGGGGGGCCCCUGUGCUGGAUGAUGAGCCCGGGAGGGGCCAGCAGGCAGAUGGCAGCAGGAGGGGAGGGCAGGGAGCAGAAGCAAUGAGACCAUGGAGGGUGUGGAGGAAACUGCUGGCAGUGCCCGGCACCCCCUGGACCGUCCUCUAUGUGCUCACAUACAAACUGGGCGAACAGGGGGCGGUAACCAUGUUCCCCCUCUUCCUGUUGGACCACCACAUGACUGCCAGGGAGCUCGGCUUCUGGAACGGCGUGAUUGCCAUGGGCUUCUCCAUCUGUGGCUCCUCCCUGGGAGGCCUGCUGCUCGCGCAGUUCAGCAUCGGGUCUCUGAUGCGACGAGUGUUUGUACUGCGAACCAUCAGUAUGGUCUUCCAGAGCUCCCUGCUCACCGUGCUGGAGCCGUCACCACUUAUGAAAGGUAUGGCUGUUCUGAGCAUGAGUGUCCAGCACUUCCUUGGCGGCCUCAUCACCACACUCACCUUCACUACCAUGAUGCAUUGCACUCAGAGGGCCGAGGAGAGCAUUCAGGCAACUCACUACAGUUUCCUCGCGACUCUGGAGGUGCUGGGGAAGCUAAUGUUCAGCGCCCUGGCCGGAGGCGUGGUGGAUUGGUUCGGUUUCCAAGUUGCCUUCCUCCUCUUCCUGACCCUCUCUGCCGGGGCGGCCCUGCAUGUGUGGACAGCCACCCUGACUGGAGCGCUUAGGGAGCACCAGAUCAAAGAGCAGCCCCAGUGACAUCAAGAUCAGGUCAAAGGGUCUUGAUGCAGGGUGUCUGCAGGUCCUGAAACAGUCUUAACAUAUCUCAAGUUUUACUUACCUGUGUUCAGAUGCCUCAAGUUGUUGAAUAGUGUUAACUGCAACCUUUAAGUCCUUGUUUUGCUUUUACAAGUCUUAAAUAAGUUUGGUUCCUUGUGGCAUUCUUUUAUUUGUUUGUUCUUUUCAGUGUUCAUGUUUGUUUCAAUGGCAAAACUGGCCUUAUAUUUCUGUUUAUGUUGCAUUCAGAAAGUCUUAGAUUUGAUGAAACUUGCAGACACCCUGUUCUUGGGGAUGAUGUUCUCUGGAUGGGUGAGGGGUGCAGUCUGCCGUGGUGUUGAAUCGUCAGGACUUAAGUUUUAGGAUUGAAUGGGCUGGUGGGGGAGAAUGAGGCACAGCAUAGUCGUAAAGUAUUGCGAAAAGUCAAAUACUUGGGAAAAAUAUGAAAGCUGUUUGAUGUGAGCUCUGAGCCAUUUAGGUGUGAUAAAAUAAGCCAGCAAUAAGACUUGUUGCCCAAAGCAAUAUUGCUACCUUGUGACGGUUGUUCUGUCAAAUUGUACUGUAUAUCAGUAGGUUUGCCAUUCUCCUAAGUUGUAUGGUUUACAGUUACAAACGAAUGAAUCUCUGCUACCUCGUAUCGACGCUGUACAGUACGAUACGUAGACGAGGAUAUCGCUGCACAGAGUAGAGUAUACCCUCAUCCACCGUAGAUGCUUAUGUAGAGAUAGCUAGCAAUAGCAACACACACUGUAUGUUCCAUAAACCAUAACGGCUAGCCAAAAUAGAUAUGCAAUUAUCAGGGUUGAGGAGGAAUCUGUUUCAAGUUUUAAAGGGAGUAGAAAAUGCAUCUCAGCUGCUGAGUGAUCAGCGUUCAGGUUUAUUAUGCAAUAUAAUGACUCGCAGUGUAUCAGAGUAGAACGAAAAUCCUUCUCCCCAGCUGGAAAGUGAACAAAGCUCAACCCUAUUAUUUAGUUAGCUAGUUAUUCGCUGUAGAAACCCGUAGCCUUAUUUGCUGCAUGGUGCCAUCUUGUUUCCGUUUCUAAAUUGAACAAUCAGUUUAUCAGUCAAUAAACUCUCAAAAAGAGCUUUGUUCUUUGUGAAGAUUGAAAGACCAAUGUUAUUGUGCUUUGCCACAGUCCAGUAUCUGCUUAUAUUGUUUGACACUGUCUUUUAUGUAAAAAAAAUAAAUAAUGCCAUAUACACAAGAGUAAUAUGAUCUAUGAAAUGUAAUAAUUCUCUGCAGUACUGUAUACUUUUUCUGGGCUUUAAAUGUUAAAUGAAACAGCAGUGUAGAAUGUUUUUAUUUCACUGGGUGUUGUGAGAACAAGACGUCUUUGAGGGAAUUCUCCAUAUACUGUAGGUGAAUGACAGGAUGUGGUGAGCGAGUGGUGGAUACCAAGGAAAUGUCUUGAUUUAAUUCAACAAAAUUGAAUUUACUGGACAUUGGUAGUCACUGGAGACCAGCACAAAUUUAAACGCCAGUGUAUAAAUAAAAAAAUGUUAGUCACCUGUUUUUACCCCGAUUAAUAAACAUGAGAUCUGGAGCUAAAGGCAUAACCACUUAAGGAGAUCUCAUACUAUAUCAUAUCUGGGUCACGGUGAUUUACGUAGCCAAGCCAAUUGUCAUGUACUGAACAGUAGAGCACUUGUUGCUAAGCACAUCUCUUUCUCUCAGCUGUGUUUACUGAGAUUUGCACAAAACCACAUAAGUAAAUAAGUUAAUAAAUAAAGCUGCUGAAUGAA